CUCACACACACCGAGGCAUGGAGCUGCAUUCACUUUAACUGGGACAACACUAAACACAACACAGCGGCAACAAGUCGCCCAAAAUGAUUUAAAGGACAAACCGCGGUUUGCGCUGGAUUACGGAAAAUUACCAAAUCAGUUAAUUUUCUUCUUUUUUUUCCUCCUCGCUCUCUCUCUCUCUCUUAAAGAAACGUGCUGAAAGUUAAUGAAUUUUAGAUAUAAGGCUUGCUUACGGAUCAUAAUUUAUAAUUUAGCUUUCGUCUCAUUGUCACUUUUAUAGCUCAGCUGGGUGCACUGUGCUGCGUUCAACGGCGCUACAGUUUGUUUCUGGAGGGAGUUUUUGUUUUUGCUGCUGUUGUUGUUUUUAUAUACAUUAAUAUAUAUAAAAAACAAAGCGAAGUAUGGCCGAACACGAAAGUUUGGAGUUUGGAAAGGCGGAUUUUGUUCUUCUGGACAAUGUGUCUUUGGAAGAGUUUCUGGCCAACCUUAAACUCAGGUUUGAAAAGGGUCGCAUCUACAGCUACAUCGGUGAGGUAGUCGUAUCCGUGAAUCCUUACCGUGCCAUGAACAUCUAUGGUCGGGACAUGGUCGAGCAGUACAAGGGCCGAGAACUGUAUGAACGCCCACCUCAUCUCUUCGCAAUAGCCGAUGCCGCGUACAAAGCCAUGAAGAGACGAAAUAAAGACACCUGCAUUGUUAUCUCAGGGGAGAGUGGAGCCGGAAAAACAGAAGCCAGUAAAUACAUAAUGCAAUAUAUUGCUGCUAUUACAAAUCCUAGCCAAAGAGCAGAGGUGGAGAGAGUAAAAAACAUGCUGCUGAAAUCCAACUGUGUCCUGGAGGCUUUUGGAAACGCCAAGACCAACCGCAACGAUAACUCUAGCCGCUUUGGAAAAUACAUGGAUAUCAACUUUGACUUUAAAGGAGACCCCAUUGGUGGCCAUAUCAAUAAUUACCUGCUAGAGAAGUCUAGAGUGAUCUUCCAGCAAGAAGGGGAAAGAAGUUUUCAUUCCUUUUACCAGCUGGUGAAAGGAGCUCCUGAGACUCUGCUGCGAUCCCUGCACAUCCAGAAAGACCCAAUAGCGUAUAAUUACAUUAAAGUUGGAGGACAUAUAAAGUCCUCCAUCAAUGACAGUGCGGAUUUCAAAGCUGUAGCAGAUGCAAUGAAAUUGAUAGGAUUCACCACUGAUGAGCUCCAGACUGUCUACAAGAUCCUUGCUACUAUCCUGCACCUGGGCAACUUGAAGUUUGGAAGUGAUGGUGAUGUGACUUUGAUUGAGAACUCAAAGUUAGUUGCCGUGAUUGGGAAUCUGCUGUCAACUAAAGAGGAGAACGUGGAAAAGGCACUGCUUUACCGCACUGUGUCAACCGGUCGUGAUGUCAUUGACAAGCAACACACAGACAAAGAGGCCAGUUACGGCCGGGACGCUCUGGCCAAGGCCAUUUAUGAGCGCCUCUUCUGCUGGAUUGUGGGAAGAAUUAAUGACGUUAUUGAAGUAAAGAACUAUGAUGCCAAGAUCCAUGGGAAGAACACAGUGAUUGGUGUGCUAGACAUCUAUGGCUUUGAGAUCUUUCAAAACAACAGUUUUGAGCAGUUCUGUAUAAAUUACUGCAAUGAAAAACUUCAGCAGCUCUUCAUCCAGCUGGUGCUCAAGCAAGAGCAGGAGGAGUACCUGCGAGAGGGCAUUCCAUGGAAACAUAUUGAGUACUUCAAUAAUCAGAUCAUUGUGGACCUAGUGGAGCAGCAGCAUAAGGGGAUCUUUGCCGUGUUGGACGAGGCAUGUAUGAAUGUUGGGAAGGUGACUGAUGAGGUGUUCCUGCAAGCGCUCAACAGCAAGCUGGCCAAGCAUGCCCAUUACACCAGCCGCAAGCUCACUCCCACCGACAAGAGCCUCGAGUUUGAUCGAGACUUUCGCAUUCGCCACUAUGCUGGUGACGUGGACUACUCUGUGGUGGGCUUCAUGGACAAGAACAAGGACACCCUUUUUCAGGACUUCAAGCGGCUGUUAUACAACAGCUCGAACCCUGUUCUGAAGGCCAUGUGGCCAGAAGGAAAGUUGAGCAUCACGGAGGUCACCAAGCGUCCUCUCACCGCAGCCACACUCUUCAAGAGCUCAAUGAUCUCACUGGUGGAGAACUUGGCCUCUAAGGAACCCUACUAUGUGCGAUGCAUCAAACCUAAUGACAUGAAGUCCCCACUGCUGUUUGAGUAUGAACGCUGUAAGCACCAAGUAGAGUAUUUAGGCCUGCUGGAGAAUGUACGUGUGCGUCGUGCUGGCUUUGCUAACCGUCAAACGUACCCUCGCUUCUUACAGAGGUAUAAGAUGAUCUCUGAGUUCACAUGGCCGAACCAUGACCUGCCCUCAGAUCAGGAGGCAGUGAGACGUUUGCUGCAAGGAUGUGGGUUUGAGCAUGAUGUGGCUUAUGGCAAGACCAAAGUGUUUAUCCGUACACCACGCACCAUCUUUAGCCUGGAGGAGCGAAGAGCCCAGAUGGUGCAGAGGAUUGUCCUUUUUCUACAGAAGGUUUGGCGUGGCACUAUUGCUAGGAUGCGUUACCGUCGCAUGCGGGCUGCAUUCAUAAUUCUGCGUGCAUACCAGCGCUACAAGGUCAAGUCCUAUAUCCGAGAGGUAAACCGGCGCUUCCACAACGUACGCAGCAUGAAGGACUAUGGCAAGCACGUGAAGUGGCCCACACCUCCCAAAGUACUGCGCAGGUUUGAGGAAGCGAUGAGAAACAUCUACAACAGGUGGUGGGCCUGGACCCUAAUUAAAAAUCUGUCUCCAGAGGAGAUGCUACAGGUCAGGGCUAAAGUGGCCACGCUGGAGUGUCUGAAGGGUCAAAGGGCAGACCUUGGCCUGCAGAGAGCCUGGGAAGGCAACUACUUGAAGCGGGAUAGUCCAGAGACAGCAUCUUCCUUCACCUUGGUGUCCAGUGAGCUGCAGAGAAGAGAUAAGUUCAUGAGGGUCCUCUUCUCCUGCAACGUUCGUAAGAUCAACCACUUCAAUAAAGCAGAGAACCGGGCAUUGCUAAUCACUGAUCGUCACCUCUACAAGAUGGACCCAAUGAAACAGUACAAGCCCAUGAGGAGCACCCCACUCUACAAUGUGACGGGCGUAAGUGUGUCCCCAGGGAAGGACCAGCUGGUGGUCUUCCACACCAAGGACAACCGGGACCUGAUCGUGUGCCUGCAGGGCAUGGUGCCAGUAGGCGACAGCCGCAUUGGCGAGCUGGUUGGAACCCUGCUCAGCCAUUUCAAAAGUGAGAAGAGGAAGCUCCAGGUGAAUAUUGUCAGCCCCAUUCAGUGCAGCAUGAAUGGUCGAAAGUGUUCCAUCGUGGUGGAGACCAAGAUCAACCAAUCACAACCUGACUUUACCAAGAGCCAUUCAGGCUACAUACUUGCAGUGCCAGGCAAUUAAUUGACUGAAUGUAAGCCAUACUGAAUGUGUUAGAGAAAGUAGUUUCUCUACAAUUGUACAUCUAGAGAGUAAACACCAUGUCUCUAAAUUUCACAUUUCCACUUGGUAUAAUCAUGAAACACAGGAUAAAUGAUUUUAAAAAUAAUAAUAAUAAUUCUAUGUGAUUACAAAAAAACCUCCUUGGAAAGUGCAUCAGUAAAAUCAAUGAUGCCAGGGUAGAUUUAUUUAAUUGCACUUUCAGCCAAAUGAAGGGAAAACUAUAUGCCAUAUUUAUAAAGGAUAUAAAAUGCAAGUCUUAGGAAUACAGAAGGAAUAUUUUGAUAUGCUGGAAAGUGGGUUGUUUUGUUUUUUGUUUUGUUUUUUGUUGGGGAAAGAAAAUAUUUUUGUUUUGAUAUAGCACUCAUUUGGGAUCCAGUGUCGCUAGAGUAUAGCUUUAUGAAUAUUACAGAUCAUAGUGGCCAUAUAGAAAAUAUUUAGACAUAUUCAGCAUAAGUUUUGUAGAAGGAUGUGUUGAGCAUAUCCAGAAGCUUACUGAGUGCUCAGAGAGGAGCAUUAAAAUCUCUCAUAACUUAAAUACUUUUCCUGCAUAUUUUCAGGUGUUGUAUGUGGAUAUCAGGAUAUCUUGCAGGUGUUGUAUGUGGAUGCAAAUAGAGGAGAUAGUGAAACACAGUUAAUAUAAAUUAUAUACUGUUUAUAUACAAAUUCCAAGUCACUUGUAACAUUCUGCCAAGAUAGGCAUUUUUUAUUCUUUUAUUUUUUUUUUACGAGUUUUUUUUUUUUUUUUUUGCUAUAUCCAUAGCUUAAAGUGUAGCUCUGCUCUGGGGGGAAAUUAAAGGAAGCCAGACUGUUCAUUUUUCAGUUCUGCACCUGCUCAUACUUGAAAAUAUAUUAAUGAUCAUAACUUCUUCCUUGUGCAAUAAUAAUUUCUAGCAAAGAUGUUUAAAGCUUAUUUUUACAUUUCCAAGGAAAGAGACAGUUUCAAAGACGAGAAAGUUGCUGUUUUUUUCCAUUAAACUUUCAAUACUUAA